UUCAAAGCAAGGAUGACUUUGUUGGUAAGACUCCGGAGGAGUUUCCGCCAGGUAUCUCCUCAGCUGGUGCUGUUCCUGCUGUUUGCCUUUUGCCUGCUCAGUGUUUUUGUCUCUGCAUAUUAUUUAUAUGGGUGGAAGAGGGGACUGGAGCCCUCUGGGGACAUCCCCAGCCCAGACUGUGAUGAACCAAAGGUUGCCCCAUCACGCUUGCUUCCACUGAAGCCCAUCAAAGUGGUGGAUUCUUCUCGUACAGACCCUUUGGUUCUAGUGUUUGUGGAAAGCCUUUACUCUCAGCUGGGCCAGGAGAUUGUGGCCAUCUUGGAAUCCAGUCGCUUCAAAUACCUUACAGAGAUUGCACCGGGGAAGGGGGACAUGCCUACGCUGACAGACAAGGACCGAGGGCGUUUUGCACUGAUCAUCUAUGAGAACAUCUUGAAGUAUGUGAACCUGGAUGCUUGGAACCGCGAACUCUUGGACAAGUACUGCGUAGAGUAUGGUGUAGGAAUCAUUGGAUUUUUCAAGGCCAAUGAGAACAGCUUACUGAGCGCUCAGCUGAAAGGCUUCCCUCUCUUUCUCCACUCCAACCUUGCGCUUAAGGACUGCAGCAUCAACCCGAAAUCUCCGCUGCUGUACAUCACACGGCCCAGUGAGGUGGAGAAGGGGCUGCUUCCAGGGGAGGACUGGACCGUCUUCCAGUCGAAUCAUUCCACCUAUGAACCUGUCCUCCUAGCCAAGACCAAGUCAGCAGAAUCCAUCCCGCACAUGAGCAUUGAUGCUGCACUCCACACCACUGUGGUACAGGACCUGGGCCUCCAUGAUGGCAUCCAGAGAGUCCUCUUUGGCAACAAUCUCAACUUCUGGCUACACAAACUGGUCUUUGUGGAUGCUGUUUCUUUCCUCACUGGCAAGAGGCUUUCCCUCCCCCUUGAUCGUUACAUCUUGGUAGACAUUGAUGAUAUCUUUGUGGGCAAGGAAGGCACCCGCAUGAAAGUGGAUGAUGUCAAGGCUUUAUUUGACACCCAGAAUGAACUGCGCAUCCACAUCCCAAAUUUCACCUUCAAUCUGGGUUACUCAGGGAAAUUCUUCCAUACAGGUACAGAUGCAGAAGAUGAGGGAGACGACCUGCUGCUCUCAUAUGUGAAGGAGUUCUGGUGGUUCCCCCAUAUGUGGAGCCACAUGCAACCUCACCUUUUCCAUAACCAGUCUGUGCUGGCUGAGCAAAUGACCAUGAACAAGAAAUUUGCUGUUGAGCAUGGCAUCCCCACUGACAUGGGAUAUGCUGUGGCACCUCAUCAUUCAGGAGUGUACCCAGUCCAUGUGCAGCUCUAUGAAGCAUGGAAGCAGGUCUGGGGGAUCAGAAUAACAAGCACUGAAGAGUAUCCUCACCUCAAGCCAGCCCGCUACCGCCGUGGGUUCAUCCACAAUGGAAUCAUGGUUCUCCCACGGCAGACAUGUGGCUUGUUCACACACACCAUAUUCUAUAAUGAAUAUCCAGGUGGCUCCAGUGAACUGGAUAAGAUCAUCAAUGGAGGCGAGCUUUUUCUGACAGUCCUGCUUAACCCUAUCAGUAUCUUCAUGACUCAUCUUUCCAAUUAUGGCAAUGACCGCCUGGGUUUGUACACCUUUAGACACCUGGUCCGCUUCCUCAACUCCUGGACUAACUUGAAAUUGCAGACACUGCCACCUGUGCAACUGGCACAGAAGUAUUUCCAGAUAUUCUCGGAGGAGAAAGACCCUCUAUGGCAGGAUCCUUGUGAGGACAAACGCCACAAGGACAUAUGGUCCAAAGAGAAGACCUGUGAUCGGUUCCCCAAGCUGCUAAUCAUUGGUCCGCAGAAGACAGGUACCACAGCCCUCUAUCUGUUCCUGGGGAUGCACCCUGACCUGAGCAGUAACUAUCCCAGCUCAGAAACCUUUGAGGAGAUCCAGUUCUUCAAUGGGCAUAAUUAUCACAAGGGCAUUGACUGGUAUAUGGAGUUCUUCCCCAUCCCUUCCAACACCACUUCUGACUUCUAUUUUGAGAAGAGUGCCAAUUACUUUGACUCGGAAGUGGCGCCAAGGCGGGCUGCCGCAUUGCUUUCCAAGGCUAAAAUAAUUACCAUUCUCAUCAACCCAGCAGAUCGGGCCUACUCCUGGUACCAGCAUCAGCGAGCACAUGAUGACCCAAUUGCCCUAAAGUACACCUUCCAUGAAGUGAUCACAGCUGGGACUGAGGCCUCUCAGAAGCUCCGUACCUUACAGAACCGCUGCCUAGUACCAGGCUGGUAUGCAACCCACAUUGAACGCUGGUUGAAUAAUUUCCAUGCCAACCAGAUUCUUGUUCUGGAUGGCAAGCUGCUACGCACAGAACCAGCCAAAGUGAUGGAAACAGUUCAGAAAUUUCUCGGUGUAGCAAACAUCAUAGACUACCACAAAACUCUAGCGUUUGAUCCCAAGAAAGGAUUCUGGUGCCAACUACUGGAGGGAGGGAAAACCAAGUGCUUGGGGAAAAGCAAAGGAAGGAAAUAUCCAGAGAUGGAUUUAGAUUCGAGAGCGUUCCUGAGAGACUAUUACAGGGACCACAACAUAGAACUAUCCAAGCUACUGUACAAAAUGGGCCAGACGCUGCCAACUUGGCUGCGGGAGGAACUCCAGAACACUAGAUAGCCACUUCAUAAUUCCUGUAUUGAGCAAUAGUAGAAUGAGUCCACGGGGAGGUUCUCAAACCUGAAUGUCGAGCCAAAAUGACAUGGUAGGGUGUGAGAUACACAACCCGGGAAGAAGCAUUUUGAGCAAUAUCCAUUCAAGGUCUUCAGGGGAAAUGGGAAAAGGCCCAGACAGCUGAGAUUGCCACUUGGAAGAAGUUGACUGACUACACCCCUGAGCCAGCCAACAUCGUGCAAAUCCUUUCCGGUUUCCUCAGGAGCUACACUUUAUGGAUGUGUCGAUUGCCUCCUAGUCUGUAGUGCCACUUCCUGGUGAAGAGGAUUCGCAAAAGAUCGGCUUUCUCCUCCACAUUUCAGUUCCCUCUUAUGAAACAGUAUUACAACAAGUGACUCUUAGACUCCUUCUCAUCAGAUGGUGGAAAAAGAGGGAAUGAAGAACUCACUGGGGGCCAGUUUGAGAUUAGCUGCUGUGCCAUGUGAGUUAGGAGGACGAUAUCAACAUGGGUUGUAUGAAGUCUGAGCCAGAUGAGGACCCUGCUGCAAGCAUGGACCCAGUUAUGCAAUUUGGGCUCGAACCCAGACUGGACUGAGGCAGCAUGGACUGAGUAGAAUUCUUAGCCGAAAGAGGUGUCUUUUGUUUUAUAUAAAGGUGACAUUGAAAGACGCUGGUGCUGGCAAUAUUUAGGUUAUCGCAGAUGGAUUAUUCUUUUCCAUCUUUUUAUUUUGAGGUCUUAUGGGGGGGGGGAGAUAAGGAAUAAUGAUGGGGACACUCAUACUCGCCUGACAUAUUAUUUGGCAAGAGGAUUAUGAGAGUACGUCCCAACAACUACUCUGUCUGCAGUCACAAUGUUUUUUUUUUUUAAUGUGAGUGGUAUUUCCUGUGGUAAAAGAGUGAGGCCAUCCAGUAUCCUUGCUGCCAUUUAACACAUGGCCUGCCAGCUCAAAAAGGCAAAAUGAUUGAGGAGGGGACUGGAUAUGUAGGCCUUGGACUAAUGGCUGCCAAAAAGGUUAAAAACACUGAACCUCUUGAACGAAAAGACAGUAUUUUAAUCACUUCCUUUGUGAGUGCUUUUUUGGAUCCCCAUUGUUUGUAUUUCAGAUCCUGAGUUUUUAUUUGUCCUUUGUGAUGUUGGAGUGGAGGGGGAUUAAGAUGGCCCAUAGUUUUGGUUGAUCUCCCUGAUGUUUGCAUUUUAGAAGAACUUUUAAAGUAUGAGUGUGUUGUUGCCCCAGUUCCAUGGACUUUGUUUUUCCAGUAUUUUCUGUCAGGACCCCUUCUUGAUUGACUGACAAGCUCUGCUAACAAGUCAGCCUUUGCAGUUUGUCAGAUGUGUGUGUAUAUAACAAAUUGGCAGGCAGGCUGCUGAUCAGUUAUAUUUGCAGUUGGCCAUUACUUCUUUCUGCCUCAUUUUGACCAAAGUGACAUGUUAAGCAGAACCAUAAGUGAUUUUGUCACUUGGCUUAUCCAGUCUAAUAGUUUUUUGGUUGUUGUUGGAUGCCUUCACAAGGAAGGGAUGAAAGACGUGUAGUUCAGAUGAAGCCACCGAGAAGGCUGGACUGGGGAAGAAAUGAGUGGAUUGACAUGUUUGUUUGUUUUUCAACGCAGUGCAGGGAUUGGCUUAAAGAACUAGAAAUAUAAGUGGUCUUGCUCCUGUUAGAUCCAAACGUGGACAAUUCUGGCAGUAACACACAGCUUGGUCAUAAAGAUGAAUGGCAUGAACUUAUGGACCAAGAACUGAAGACUUCAGCACUUCAGUGCUGUUUUGGGGAAUGGAAGAUUACUGAUUAUCUCAUCAGAUUGCUUUCCUGCCUUGCUUGCGGGCAUCCUGUAGGCAUUUGGGUGGUCACUGUGGGGAAAAAGGUAUUGGACUUGAUGGGCGUUUGGUCUAAUCCCUCCGGAGUCCUCAGAAGUAGAAAUCCUUCAAAGUAGCUGUUGUUUUGUGAGUCAAUGAACAAUUACCCAUAAGAGUACAUGGCUCUUCCUAAGCUCAGGCUCUUGUCUUGAAACAAUUUCAGGUUUGAAGUUUGCAGGCUAAUGAACGCCUUAUUUUUGUUUCUCCCCCGCCUUCCCCUUUUAUCCAGUUUUUCUUAGCAAACUUCAGUCAGUUUGGUUCCCUUUCAUAUAGGUAUCUUCCUGAUAGACCACAAAGCUUAUGCCGUAAUAAAUACGUUAGUCUUUAAGUUGCUGAGAUACUCCAUCUUGUGCUUGCUUGCUUCUUUAGACCAGGGUUCUGUAGAACUGUUAUAUUACCCUUCAUAUUUUUUGCUUCUCCCUGACACUGUGCAUGAGCGCCACCUAAUGGGUCAAUCUGGAGUUGCACAUUUCAUAUGUAUUAUUCAAACAGGAUUAAAUAAAUAACAAUAUCAAUAAGGAGUGUAUUGCCAGGGUAUAAUACUGUAGAAAAGUUAAUGUGAAUUGCAGAGUGGUGAUAGCAUUGGUGUUGGGGCAAUAACUUUUUAAAGAAAUUAAAUACAGUGUUUGUAUGCAGCCUUCUGUUCUACUAAGUUCUCAAUAAUUGGAAUAAAAUAAGCCAGCAGUGAUCUUCCCAGACAUCCAGCCUAGACACAAGUAUCACUUUUCAGAAGAGAGCAGCACAGAAGAAAAUGCAAAGGCUCAUAUGCAUCCCUUGCUCAUUAUAAGGUGGGCUGCUUUGUGCAUCAUCUUGGCUCUGUCCAUUUGUUCUCUCCUACCCUUGUUCAAGAAAGCUUCAUCAUGUUUGAAGGCGUCUGCUAGAAUGCAGACCUAAGAACACAAUCCUCUCUCUGCUCACAGCUUACCUGUUUACAGCAUAUUCCACCAGUCAUUGUUCUGGUUUUGGAGCUUCACAGAGAUGUGUAGAUGUGCAUGGCUAUGAGGACAUCAUUGGGAGACAGGUGGUGGUUCUCCAUUCCUUACUUGCACGCACUCUUUUGCUGCUUAGUAACUCUUUCUCUCUCCGUCUCCAUGUUUGAGGCAGUUCCAUGUUUAAAUAUGCAGGUCUUCUACAGUCACAACUAAUUGACUCUUGAGAAUCAGUAUGUAUUCUAAGAGUUGAAGUGUUGCAAAAUCAUGGGGAUUUUAAGACUGCACCAGGGUAGGCAGCCAGUAACAUUCUGUUUCUCUCUCUUGCCUACAAUUUUCAAAUAAUGUGCUUUAAUAUGUUUACAUUAGAGAUGGAUAUAGAAAUUGCAGUUAUCCAGUUAGAGCUAAUUUUUCAUGUGGCCAUUCUUCAACUGCUUAGCAGUUUUGAAAAAGGACUCCAGCAGCCAUCUUACUUGCUCCCUUACAAUUUAGUGAUUCUGAGAGUACCAACUGUAGCAAGCUACAAGCAUACUACGAGACUGAGCAAGUCCACUGGACAGGUGGAACAUAACUUGUAACACCCAAAGUAGUAGAGUCUUGGUUUUUGCACGUGGUAGGCUUGUUGUAACUCAGUCCUGUUGGUUUGGACCUGGGGCAAAAUUGAUUCAGAUAAAGACUACAGGAUCAUAGCUCUUCUUGGAGUUGACAGGCACAUUCACAAAAGAGACUAGCUGAACCUUUCUGUCCUCCACCAUUUAGGAGUAGAUUAAUUGUCUCUCUGAUUCACAAAGGCAAGUCUCUAAAUAGCAGAAGCAAGAGAGUUAUUUGUUAAAAUUCAGGAAACAUUCGACCAGCGAACCUCCAAUGGGAAAGCAUCAACAAAGGGAUGUUAAGUGCGACAUAGCGAGAGAGACCCUAGUUUGAAUGUUACUUUUUUCCCCUCUGCAGUCCUUAUGUUUGCUUGGGGAAACUUCUAGAAGAUGGCAGCAUCUGGGCUCUUCGGUUCCUCACAGAUACGGUUCUGUGUUGGUCAUAUCUUUAUUCAGUGCUGAUGCUCAGGAACAGGGGAAGAAUUAAGAUCUCUCUCUCUCUCUCUCUCUCUCUCUCUCUCUCUCUCUCUCUCUCUCUCUCUCUCUCUCUCUCUCUCUCUCUCUGUCAGGGGCCUAUCACUGGGCCUAUGAGGAAGGACAGAGCAAUGGCCAGAGUAUCUAGAAGGCUAGGGUGAGAUCACCACUGAACAUCAACACCUCCCCAUGUACCUCUGCAACUGCUAAAUGAUAUGUGGGUCAUGUUAUCAUGGUUGACCAGGCAAUAAGAGGCUGUGCGCCCUAAAAAAAGUCUCUGAUACCACAGGGCUCUGAUGCUAUGGCUGGAACAUCUGGAAGGCUUGAGAGGACAUUUUCUUCCAUCCCAACUGAUUAUUAUUUCAAUAGCAAAUUGUUUCACUAUAGAUUGCCUUAGGAGCUUUUAUGGUUGAAAGGUGCUCUAUAAAUAUAAUAAAUAAAAUGAGCAAUUUUAGGGCAAGGGUUUCUGUGGAAUAUUUCCCCUGCUUUUAUGGAUGAAAUUGUAUUUGCAGCUUAGGAACAGGAGGCUGCAAACACUGUAGUCCUAUUCCUGUCCCCAUUUUCUCUCUCUCUCUCUCUCUCUCUCUCUCUCUCUCUCUCUCUCUGUAUGCGUGCAUGUUUUUCCCCCCUACUGUCAUAAAUGUCAGGACACAGGUUUAGAUAUUAAACAACAGGAACAUCAUGGCCUCCGUUAUCCAUGUGGUGGUAGUAUUGUAGCCACUGUCCAAAAGAUCAUUUUCAUUAUAAACUUUAUUGUUAUCAUUGUGAACUGCUUUCUGUGACUAAACUGGUAUAGAAGCAUUUUAUAAAUGAAUAACAUGUGCUUGAGUUCAGGUCCAGUUGGUAACCAUCUCCAUCUUGUUAGGCUUUGGCAUUUGCCCUGCCAAAGCAACAAAUGGAAAAAAAUCUAACAUCUGUUGUUUUUUAAAAAAUAAAUUUAUACUGGUUCCAAAAUAGUAGUGUGAUUUUUGCCUGCACUUUACAUUGAAAAGAAAAAAAUUCUGUUUUUCCACUUACUCAUUUGACCAGUGGUAGAGUCACAAGCCAUUACUCUCCCUGGAUGAGCAAAUCUUGCUGAGAGUUUGUCAAGAUCUGGGGUUUACAAAUAAACACAAUGCUUGUCCUUAUGAUUUGUUUUUGGUGAUUGUUCUUAACAAAAAGAGGGGCCUUCUGUUGGUUCCCAUUUUUUUAUUUUUGCAUGAAAUCAUGUACCAUUUCCCAUGGGAAAAGGGGUGUAUUUUCUUGGUGGGAGGGAGGUGAGGGAAGGGACUAUUUUAAGAAUCUUUAUCCCCCCCCCCUAUUUUUAAUCUGUACUUAAACUCCAUUUUGGGUUCUGAAAACUGUGUCACUAAUGUAAAAGUCCUGUUGAACUAACUGCUAAUAAAAUGGGGUUAUCUGUUUUUAAAUA